AUGUCCACAUCAACAUCAAACCCAAACCCCGGCAGCCCUUCCGAAAUCCCCUAUACCAUCCCUUUACCCGAAGGUAUCCCAAAAGGCCAUACGACCCAUACCGAAUCAACCACUACCAUCUUCUUGCCCAAGGCAGGAGCGUUCUUGAACCCCGUUCAGCAUUAUAAUAGGGAUAUGAGCGUUGCUGUCAUAAGAGCGUGGAACGAAUUGAGGAAAGAGGAGCUGGAAGCGAAGUUUAGGAAGAAGUUGGCUAAGAACGGUGGAGUCAGUAAGAAACAGGCUAAGAAAUUGAAACAAGAUGGUGUCACGGUAGAUGAACAAAGUAACCUGCCUGAUGGUGCGGAAGAAGUACAGGUCAAAGAUGAACAGCCUGUAGCUGGGCCUUCGACAGAGCGAAAAUUCAGAGCUCCUUCCAUUAACAUCCUUGAAGCUCUCGCUGCUACUGGAUUACGUUCUAUCAGAUAUGCUAAAGAGAUACCCAAUGUCAAGUAUGUUCUUGCGAAUGAUCUUUCGCCAUCGGCGUGCGAAGCGAUGAGGAGAAAUGUAACGUUUAAUGGAGUAGGGGAGGAUUCCCUCCCACCCAGAAAACCUUGGCAACCACCUGUGAAAGAAGAUGGUACUAGCACACCUGUUGAAAAUGGUGAGGGGGAAGUGAAAGAGGAAAGUACGACAACAGACGUCAAAGUAGAGUCAGAGGAAACGGCAGAAGCAGAAGAUGGAUUGGAACCUAAAGAUAAGGUUGGUAGAAGACCUGGGUGUAGAGGACGAGUGAAGAUCAAUGAAGGUGAUGCCUGCGCGUUCAUGUACUCCCAUCGAUCACCUGUCGGUCCAACCUCCAGGGUAGACGUAGUAGAUCUCGAUCCAUACGGUACAGCAGCUCCGUUCAUCGAUGCCGCCAUAGGAUGUAUAUCAGAUGGAGGUUUACUCGCUAUAACAUGUACGGAUCUAGCUGUUCUUGCCGGUCAACAGUACCCUGAGAAAUGUUAUUCGAAUUACGGAGGUGUCAAUGUCCAUGCUGAAUAUACACAUGAAGCUGGCCUUCGAUUGGUCCUGCAUUCACUUGCAACCUGCGCAGCGAGAUAUGGUCGAUACAUCACACCUUUGUUAUCGUUCUCCAUAGACUUCUACGUGAGAUUGUUCGUUAGGAUCAAUACUGGUCCUGAACAGGUUAAGAGAUUAUCCAGUAAUACCGGUGUAGUCUACACUUGCAAUUUCUGUGAGACAUCUGUGAUACAACCUUUCGGUAGAAUUGUGGAAAGAGAAACUGCAAAGGGUGUUGUGAGGGAGUCAUUCAAGACUCAUGCGGGACCUACGGCGAAGAAUGGAUCGAAUUGCGAGGAAUGUGGUGGGACGAUGCAUCUCGGUGGACCACUAUGGCUUGGACCAAUCCAAGAUCCGGAAUUCGCCAAGAGAGUAAUGAAAGAUAUCUCAACUCAGGAGAAGGAAUAUAAGACUUUCCCUAGAAUGUUGGGAAUGUUAUCUUUAGCAGCUCAGGAACUUCCCGAUCCUUUCUUCUUCACCGCUAAUAGAGUAGCUAAAUGUUUACAUAUGUCAUCUAUGCCUCUCAACAAGAUACUGUCCGCACUGUUGAAUGGCGGGUAUAAGAUCUCCCGAUCUCACGCUCAAGCAGGAGCAGUCAAGACCGAUGCACCUAGAUCAUUCAUAUUUGACAUCAUGAGGGAAGAAGCUAAAACGUCUCCUAUAAGGAUCGAUAAGAUUGCGGAAGGUAGUCCGGCUAGGAAAUUGAUCAGUAAACCUAUGACCCACACGAUCGAUUUCACUCCUCAUCCAGAUGCUUCCCUCGAACGAACGGGUAAAGAAACAUUCUAUCAGGUUAACCCUCUACCUAAUUGGGGACCUGCUCCAAGAGCCAAAUCGAUACAAGUUGCUGUACCCCCGACAACGGAGAAACGAAAAGUGGAUGAAGUCGAUGAUGUAAAGGUGGAGAGUAAGAGAAGUAAGAUUGAAGACAAUGAGUUUGUGGGUGAUGUGAUCUUGCCUCAGACUCAGGAGGAUGUAUUUGCUUUGAAAGUUGAGAAGGAGAUGGACGAAGAGGAGAUGAUGAAUCUACAAUGA